AUGAGGAUACGACUUCCAUUCGCAGGCGUUUUCUUCCUCCUACUCCUCCUCGCGGGCUACGCCGGCCUGACCACGCUCCAGCUAGGCCUCUACAUCAACGACAAGGCCCUCCACCUCCUCACCUUCUUCCUGCUCACCGUGGUCUUCUACUGGAUCGUCGACACCAACCGCCGGCGCACCUUACACUUCACCCUCGUCAUAUGUACCUUGUGCCUGGGCGUCGGCUCCGAGUUCCUGCAGGGGUUCCUGCCCAACGGCCGCGAUUUCGAUUUUUAUGACAUCGUCGCCAAUGUUGUCGGCAGUCUGGCCGCCCUGGGGCUGUGCAGCUGGUACCACAAGCGCAUGCUCGAGCGGAAGCGCAUGAGGAAGACAUAUACGGCGGUGCCGGGCGGCGAGGUGGGUGAGGAUGGCGAGAUGGACAUCGAGCUGGGCGAGGGCGUCGUCGGUGCGCAGGAGAGCGGCAUUACUGAAGGCGUAGACGGGGGUGCCAUGACCUUGGAAGAAGAGGUGGACAAUUGGGACGAGAAUGCGCCGGACGACUGGGACGCUCCGGCGGAGGUGACCAACGCUGAAGAUACCAAGAAACAUCGUGCCGACUGA